AAAAACGAAACGAAAAUACUCAGCAGCAACGAUAUCCAAUCAGAGCAACUGUUAUUAUGUGGAAAGGCGGGAGGAAUGACAAAGACAUCCAAUCAGAAUACGAAAUUUUGUAUGGUGAGGCUACAACCAAACUAACACCCGGGACGAUGUUAUAAACAGUUCAUCUUUGUUUCGUUUUUCGUGACGAAGAGAUCUUGAAACAAUGUCCACUCUAGGGAGAAAAAGAAGAGCUGACGUAUGGACACAUUUCACAUACGAUGCGACACAAAACAAGACACUAUGUAAACUGUGUGGUGCGACUAUUACCGGCAAAAACACAACAAACUUGAAGCGACAUUUGCAGACAAGUCAUCCAGAAAUCCAUGCGAAGCUGCAGAAGACCCCAGGUGACCCCAGCGGGCCACCUGGAGCAAAGAAAGCCAAAGAUACCCAACAGAAUAUUUCAGCAGUGCUUCAAAGUGUUUCAAAGUACAACAGUGACUCUAAAGAGCAAGUGAGCAUCGAGAAAGCAAUAGCUAAAUGGAUAGGAUGCACAGGAUUACCAGUCACUACUGUUGAAGAUGAGGACUUCAUUCUCAUGAUGGAGACUGUUGAUAAAAAGCUGACUGUUCCAAAUAAAAUUAAAAUAAGAAACCUGAUAGACAAACACUAUGAAGAUGAAAAAAAGAAAAUCAGGACAAGAUUGGCUGCCGCUCGGAGAGUAUCUGUUGGCAUUCACUUGUGGACCAAAAGGGGACUUACUGCUUCAUUUCUGGCUAUUAGUUCAUGCUACUUUUGUGUUGAACAAAAUAAACCUGAGCACAUAUUACUGGCUUUGGAACAAGUAGCCCACCCAUACACUGCACUGUCAAUAAAAGCAUGUGUGGAUAAAUGUAUGCAAGAGUGGGAUGUGCCAAAUGAGAAGAUCAUCACAGUGAUUACAGACAACGGGAGUAAUAUGGUGGCAGCAUUCAAACACACCACAUCAGAGGAAGAAGAAGUCAUCUCUGAGGAUUCAGAAGAUUUCCCAGUGAUGGAAAGUGACCCUAAACUGGAAGCUGAUGAAAUCCGGUACCAUAAUUUCAACAUGGAACAGAUGCCAUGUGUGGUGCUCUCCUUACAACUUGUGGUCCACCUGAUGCAGAAGGAGGCAAGUGUCAAGAGACUCCUGGAUAAAGCAAGGUCGGUGGUGAAACUCUUUCUCAAGUCCUCUGUUGCAACACAAUGGAUCUUGGAUGAGUGUGGCCUUACUGUUAUUAAUGACUGCCCCACACGCUGGUCAAGCACAUUUAACAUGAUUGCACGUCUCCUCAAAGUAAAAGACUCAGUCUGCCAAAUAACAAAUGUCAUGGGUUGGGACAGCUUGCUCCCUAGUGAGUGGCAAAAGCUGAAGUCCUUGCAUGAGCUGCUGCUGCCUUUUGCAGAACAUACACAAACCCUUCAGAGUGACACUAUGUCCAUGUCCCUGGUUGUUCCUGCUCUAUUUGACCUGCUCAGCUACCUUGCUGACUUUGAAGAGAACACCAGCUAUCAGGAUCUUGCUACUCUUGCAGGGAAAAUGAAAGGAAGUAUAAACCUUCGGUUUGCUCACAUCUUGGAUCCUACUGAUGAAAAGUUCUCAGCGCUUGCAGCAGCUGCUUGCUUUGUCAACCCUAACGUCUGUGAAACACUUGUUAACGUAACUAAUGACAAUAUUCAGGAACUGCUCAAACAGGCAGAAGAGUAUCUGGUCCAAUCCACACAGGCACACUCACAACAUGAAGCUGAGUCUGAAGAUAAUGGAGACGAGAACAGGAAGGAACAAGAAGAACCAGAAGUGGUACCAUCCACGUCAAAGAAGCCAGUCUUCAGGUUUCACUCAAAAUGCUGCUCAACACCUAGACAGAGGUCUUCCACAAACACCAUGAGGCAGCAAAUCAGAAAGUACAAGGAAGAGCUUUCACAACCAAUCACAUGUGACACAGGAACAGAGUUUUGGCUGGAAAAAAGCGACUCUCUUUAUCCCAGCCUAAAACCUUUUGCGUUGGACCUCUUGGCUAUGCCAGCUUCUCAAGCCUUUGCAGAGAGAGUGUUUAGUGUCACAGGUGACCUCACAAGAGGCAAGCGUAACAGAGCAAAGGCCACUUUAGCACAAAGUGCUUACCUUAAAAUGAAUCGAACUAAAUAAAUCUUGUGAUAUUAGCAGUACUUGUAUAGAAACAUAAUGUAUAAUCUGAUUUUAAGGCAUUAAUCUGAAUUUGUUUUCUGGGUAUUUAGAGAGCUGUUCUAUGCCAAGAGUUGGUUUUUAUGCCCAUUCACUGAUAGAUGCUGUUUAGUAGUUAUGGUGAAAAUGUUAUAUUAGAAAGACUGAACUUACUGCAUUACCUUUUAAAUUUUUUUUUCAGUAAUUAUUGGUUUUUAAUAACCUGUUGGAAUUAUAAAUCUUUUUUUUUCCUUUAAAUGUGUUUAAGGAUUUUAUUUUAAAUAUUUAGUAUUGAUUUGCAGAAGUGACAUUUAUGUUUUUAUUUUAAUAUCCAGGGAGUGAAGGCCUGAAAACAAAAUAUGGUACUUUUAAGUCUGUGUUUUUUGUUUGAACUAAUGGUCCUCUUGCAUUCACAGUAUUAAGUGAUGUGAAGAAUGCCUGGCAAUCUAAUGUUUUUUUUUUUUUUUAUUUAAGACGAGCAGAUCACCAGUUCCUAUUUUAUUUUAAGAAAAAAGCAAGGCAAAGUUAAAAGGUUUUUUCAAACAAGUAAAAUCUCUGUGUCUGUGCAAGUAUUAUAUGUUCAAACUUGACAGGUUAAUGUUUAAUUUUUUCUAGAUAUAACUUCAAAACCUUCAUGGAAACUUAGAAAAAUGCUUUAAAAUUUACCCUGUAUUUUAGUCAACUAAAUCUACUGUAGUUUAGUCAACUAUAAUAUGAUAUUUAGUUGACUAUAACUAAACCUAAACUUAAGAUUACUAAAUUAUGACUAAAACUAUACAUUUUAGUAAUAAGACUAUGACAAAAACUAAAUCAAAAUUUGCUGUCAAAAUUAACACUGGUAUAAAGUGCAUUACAAUAGUCAAGACGAGCCGUGAAAAAAGCAUGGAUUAAAUAUCAAAGUGAUGCAACUUUACCCAGUUGUCGCAGAUAAAAAAUACUGGAUUUCACAUCUGAGUUAAUCUGUGCAUCAGACUUGAAAUUGCUGUCUAGCUUUAAACUGAGGUUUGUAGCUGUAGGUAGCAAAUACUGCUUUAACGUGCUUGGAUCAAGAUCAGUUUUGUAGGCCCAAACAACAAAAGUCUUUUUGUCAUUUAAAUGCAAAGAAUUUUGAGACAUCCAUGCAUUCAUUUCAAUAAUACACCCGAGUAAGUGAUUUGUAACAUAAGUCUGACUAUAGUCAGCAUAAUAAUGAAACGCAAUAUUAAACUUCCUAAGAAUUGAGCCAAGAAGAAAUAGGUAAAGUGAAAGGAGAAAAGAGGCCCAAGGAUAGAACCUUGAGGGACCCACAUGUGAGAGGUGCUGGAGAGGACUCAGCAGCCCCAAAGCAGACACAGAAGCUUCUCUCUGUUUGACCUAAACCAAUCCAAAGCACCACCCUGAAUACCCACAGAGCUCUCCAGGUGAGAUAAAAGGAUCUGAUGGUGCAACUGUG